AUGACAGAAUUUUCAUUUUUGGGUGAACUAACACUUUAAAGUAUUUAAAAUAUAUUAAAAAAAUUAAAAACAUCUUCAUAUUCUUUAGUCAAUCAGUCGUUUACAACAGUGCAUGAUAAGGCAAACAUUUCCUGUUGCUAAUUGAACCACACAGAAAAAAUACUGAACAAGAGAUUUGAUUAUUUUUUAAGCCAACUGUAUUUCCAUAAUCUUUUAUUGUUUUGUCUAUGUGAUGAACAUAAUUAGAGACCACCAAAAUCAUAUACAGGAAAAUACAUUUCUGGUAAUUCACGUACUGCACGACUCUCUACCAGCAUCCCUCUAAAGAUUCAGAGUUGGGGACAUUGUUUUUUGUAUUUAUGCUUUUCAAAUAAUUAUAUUUCUGGAACAGUGUGUGAGCAGUGCAAAAGGACACUAAAAUGACUUAAAUUGGAGCGCUUUCAUUAACCACACUUGUGAACAUUACCAUCACUGUGGACUUUCCUGACAUUUCACAUACACAAAUGCACAGUACAUUAGUGUAGAGAGGACUUGAUUAUGAUUGGCUGAAAGGAGAGAUGACACUCUGCUUCCUGCUCUAUAUAAACUCCCUCUUCCCUCUCUGCAGACACACUGCUGAUAAUUUUUUCUUAGAGACCAUACUGCGCAAUGGAUGUUUAUUUCCCCUCCGGCUUUAUAAUGUGCAGAGGAAUAACAGGGCUCUCAAACACUUGCCUGGAAAGGGCCAAAAGAUUAAAAGCAUGCGUAGGUGGAUUUCUGCAGAGGCAAGACUUGAGCAGCCUAUGCAGAUAUAGAAAACCGAGGUUGACCUUGGAGGAAUGUCUGAUGUGGAAAGAGUCUUUUGAGAAGCUCCUGUCCAGCAAACAUGGACUAUAUGCAUUCAGAUCUUUCCUGGUGUCUGAGUUUAGUGAAGAAAACAUUGCUUUCUACCUGGCCUGUGAGGACUUCAAAAGCACAAAGUCUGCGACUAAGAUGCCAUCCAAAGCAAAGAGGAUCUAUGAGGAGUUCAUUGGAAGUGAAGCCCCUAGAGAGGUUAACAUCGACUACGAGACUCGAGACAUCACUCAAGCCAACUUGCAAAGCCCCACGGCAUCUUGUUUCGAUAUGGCCCAGUACCGCAUCUAUAUUUUAAUGGAAAAGGACUGUUAUCCCCGAUUCCUCCGAUCCGCCGCCUACCGAAAUCUAGUCAACCAGCUCAAGGUGAAGAGCACCAAGGCGAAAUCCAAAAAGGCCAUUGCGAUCAAACCACCACAUGAAGAAGAAGAACCAAAAUGAAAAACGUAGGCGCAUUUUGGCUCUAGAAAAGAUGGACGCUCGGCAAGAAGUGGAAGGGACCGGUGCGGAUCCUAAAAAAGGCUGCUUGAGGCAGUCGGAGUGCCAUGAGAUGAAGAGAACCAUGUAAUGGAGUCAGAUUUUAUCACUGCAUUCCCAGACCCCUUUAAUAUUGUCCAAAAGAGGGAACAGCAAGGCUACUGGUGGAGAAAGUAUACCUGUACUCGGCACAAAAGAGAUGCUGAUGGACUCUACUGAAGUAUGCAUGGGCCAAAAAGCACAUAGCGUACUUUCAGCAAAUUAUGUAUUUUGUAAAGUUUAUAGAAUGGAGAAAAGUGUUUUUGGUUAUUUAAUGCAUUCAUUUACUUAAUUUAUUUAUCCUUUUUUUUUUUAAAUAAAUUGAUAGUCCACUUUAAACAUUCUACUAACUAUACUUAACUUUGCAACUACAUGUCAGCUAACUCUCAUUAGAGUAUUAGUAGACUGUCUGCUUAAUAUCUGAUAACACUUUAUCUACUGAUUAUAAGUAACUUUGAAACUACGUCAACUAACUCGAACCCUAAAACUUAACCUCAGUCUACUAAUAAUCUACUACAGUCUAUUAAUACUCUAUUGAGAGUUAGUUGACUUGUAGUUGCAGUCACUUAUAGAUUGUAGAAUGUCUAAAGUGGAAAUAAAGGUACCAUGGUACAGUGAUGGUAUCUUAAUUUAAAGAAUAAAAUAAUAUAAUGAAAAAACGUGGUUUUAAAAUGGUGCAAAAAAAAAAAAAAAAAAAGGUAGCACCAUGUAAUUGACAAUCUGCCUGGGCAGCUAUGAGGCACAGAAUGUUCAAAGUUGGUGUGCUAACUAUUUAUUUUAAGUUAUUUUUGUUUUAUAAGUGUUUUUUGUUAAAUAAAUGUUCAAAUCAAUUGAAUAAAAUUUUGACAUUAAAUAAAUAAUGUGCUUUCA